AUGCAGGAAACCUAUCUUGAAUCGCUAAAAUCGUCUUCGUAUUAUUACUUCUGCACAAAAUUUGAUGAGAUGUGCCGGAAAGAAAAUCUGGCAGUCAGUGAGAAGGUUGACGUGGAGAACAUUGCGAAAACACAAAAAAAAAAUGAUGCGUUCACAAAGUACGUCUUAGGUGUGUCGGAAUUGGAGUUUUCUGUCCAACAACUGAAUUCACCAGGCGACAUCUUGAAUUUAAACGUGAAUGGGACAAUCUUCAUCUCUACUGGUCAAAUAACCGAAGCAGUGAUUCAUUGUCCAAGUGGUGAAGGAAGGGUUUUAUUUUACUGCGCGAAAUGUCCUUCCGGUACCCAUUCGUCUUCUGGAAAAUGCAUUUUGUGUAGCAUUGGAACUUAUCAAGAUGAAGCUGGACAGACGGGGUGUAAAAGAUGUCCACUAGGAAUGACCACUAAAUACGUUGGGAGCCAAGACCAGGUAGACUGUUUUGUUGAAGCAGCAGACUCAGUAGAUAGGAAUUCGUCACAGGGAAACGCUGCCGAAAGCAAGACCCUGAUCAUCACCACAAUCGUCGUCUGUCUGCUAUUGUUUCUUGGAGUAGUUACAGGAGUUACUAUAUUUCGAUACAAAAGACUAAUGUGUACACACGCUCCGUUAACAAGAGAAAGUUUAACACUCCUAAGCAUGCCGUCGCCUGACAAUACACCCUUGGGAUCCAAACCACAGUCUUCUAUGUAGUAUCUUAUGUCAGGUUCUUGUAUCACAUUAAUAAAAACUUAUUUCUA